AAUGUUGUUUUUGUGUAGAGAUCCGGAGUUUUCAGUCAGCAGUGUGCUUGCCUCCGAUGUCAUCCACGCUAAUAAGAAAGAAAUUCCAUGUAUAUUUAGAGUAAGUUAAACAACGAUAAGUAUAGGCCCGAUGGAGGACUGCAGAGCGAAUGUAAAAACUAAACUCGGCAACCGCCUCCAAACAUGAAUACCCUGCCGUUAACCUGUGUUAAUUUUUUCCCUUGUAGUUAACGUGUUGUCAAACUUCACCCCCGGGAACAACAUUGACGCAGUUGAUUUUGACUGACAAGGAUACGGAGAAGAACAAAUGGGUCAAUGCUCUUCAACAUCUUCAUAAAAUGUUGACUGAAAGUCAGGACACUUCGAAAACGGUAAGUUUCACUCAAUGUGUAUCCCUCUUUUUUUUUGGGGGGGGGGGAGUGGAGCUUUGAUCUACCUGAUAACUGGUGUGUAAUGUGGCCUACUGGCAUAGAAAAGGAAUCAACACCACCUAGUCCCUCCCCAAUUACACCCCCAAGAUACUUCGUUUGUAUUUUGCUGUCCUUUGACGGGAUGAACGCCUCAGUAACCGUCUUGUUAGGUUUACACAAAUGUUCUGCCGGCCCAUGAACUGUUAUAUAACUGUUAGUUCAUCUAUCAUGUAUGUUCUUUGAUUUAGCAAAUAUUCCAAGCGAAAGAAGUUUGUGAUGCAUCUCUUCAUAUCGUCAAAAUGGCGCUGUGUGCAACAAUUAUAGGUAGCCUAAACAUAGAUUUAUGAAAUUCCGAAACUGUAAUUUUAUUCAUUAAAUUCUAAAAUUCAUUACAUUAAAAAUUUUAUUUAUAGUAAUAUUACUAAAGGAUUAUACUACAAUAUUAUAACCAAGCUUGUAGAUUUUAUGGUGAUUUUAUACACGAAGGAUCUAACUUGAUUGUUUCUCGCAUUUCACCAGAUACUGAUAGAAUUGUUGUGGGUACUGAAGAUGGUCUAUUCCUCUUAGAACUAAUGAAAGAAUGUAAGCAUAUACUUCGAUUUUAUGUAAUAGUAGAUUACACUUCACCAAUAAUUCAUGACUUGAGGACAAGUCAGCACUAAUUCACUGAAGACCUAGCUGUUGAUUUUAUGACUGAAAAACUAAUUGGUUCAAUUUAACACGACUUUAAUCCAGCACAUUUCUCCUGCAGCAUGUAUCCGUAUCGGUGACGCGAAGAAAGUUACCCAAGUUGAAAUGUUACCUGACGAACAAUUGCUUAUUGUUUUAUCAAGUAAGAUAUUAUACUUUGCUGACAGGCCAUUAAGUGAUUUGUUGCAAAUUUAACAGUAAGUUGACCUUUGAUUUUCUAUCUCAUAUUUCAGGCAAGAACAGACAGGUGCGGCUCUAUCCAUUAACUUCGUUGGACGGCCAUGAUACGGAACCUAUUAAAAUUGUAGAAACGAAAGGUAAUGUACCGUCGGAUGCAUGCAUCUAAGGAUGUCUCAAAUAAGACUAGAGCAUUUUCUAUGUUCACGUGCGCGCGUGAACGUCUCGCAGCUUGUCGAGAUGUGUUCGUAUUGCUUGUUCCCAGUUGUUGACAAGUCUGGAACAAGUUGUUAUCAUCUUGUAACAAGGUGGAUGAGGCCAACAGACUACAGCAACAAGCAGACUUUUACGCAGGGUCCUAAAAGAGGGCGUCCAAUUUUGACAUAACUAUAGAUCUACCGUAAAGAGGGGUGGGGUUAGAGAAAACGUUCCUCUGGAAAACCAUUGAAGUUUAUGCUACUUCAUGUUAGUAUCGUUCCAACCUCGUUUGAAAUUUUUCAAACACACUUGGCUUUGUGAGUUUGUGCCACUAUUGCUUCUUUACUUAACUAUACGACAUUAUCAUUCAGCCAGGUACACCAUCAAAUUGAUCAAAAUGUCAAAUGUAGAAUAAUAAUGAGAAUUGAAGCUAUUUCGUUUCGGAUACGUUAAUAUACUUAGGAAAUCAUUGAAAAUAAUUUCCCUUUUCCCCCAUAAUUUGGGCGUCCAAAGGCGUCCACUUUUUGUUCUAGGGGCGUCCCAGGACGCCUGGUCGCCCCUCAGGCUAAAAUCCUGGCAACAAGUUGUUUCAACAAGUCUGAUAUCGUCUGCACGUAACUGACAAGAAAUAUCAUUUUGUUUCAGGUUGCUCGUUGUUUGCCUCUGGCUAUAUUAAGGAUGGCGAUACUAUUACUAGUUGUCUCUGUGUUUCUGUCAAACGACAAGUGCUCGUGUAUGGAUUAAAUAAAAAAACGAAAACCAGACAUAAUAAAAUCAAGGUAACAACGUUUUGCACGGCUGCGCAAAGGCAAAGUAUUUUUAUUUAUAUAUUUUAAUAGUCACCAUGAAGACGACUUUUUUACGUUCUACAGAUGAACCUGAAAAGUAGUUAAUAUUCUGAAAUACUUAUCAUUCAUUUAGACAUUAGUCUUGUCUGUGAACUGUCAGUGGUUAGGAAUGUAUACUGGUCGAUUGUUUGUUGGUUAUGUUUCUGGAUUUGUGGUGUACAGUUUACAGGAAGGAGAACCACUUAGUAAGUACCAUUGGACUUUAAAAACAAAUGGAAUGGACGACUUACGCUUUAGAAAAAUGUUUAAUCUGGGAAUAACAAAGGAUAUUUUUGUUAAGAAGUUAUCAAAAUUAGAAAAACUGCAAAGUUUGGUUGCGAAAUGUUGUAAAAUACGGAAAAUAUAGCCCUGCGAAGUUGGCAAAUUUGUAUACAUUUCUAUUACGUGCGGAAAUUGGUAACUAAUUUAGUUACCAAUUCACGCACGUACCGGUAAUACAAAAGUAUACAAAUUUGCCAACUUUGAAGGGCUAUAUUUUCCGUAUUUUACAACAUUUCGCAACCAAACUUUGUAAUAUUACUAAUUCCAAGACGCUCUUUCUAGCUGUGGUGAUAGAUUUCGUUGUUCUUACUUAGAUUAAAAUUUAGUCUAAAGCGCAAGUCGUCCAUUGAGGAGAUGUAUUUUAAUUUUUUAGUUGACCAUCAUCUGCUGACCUGUAUCGUUACUGAGACGUACCAAGCAUAAUUUCUAAAAUACUUUAUUAUUUAAAUCUCUUGGGAGAUGUUUGAUGGAUCAAAUUAUAUAUUUUAGAACUAGUAAACACUGAUGAUCCUCUCUUGAACUACGUUGGCUCUACACCAAUGGACGCGCUACUUGCUGUGGAAAUCACACCAAAUAAGGAAUACCUCCUCUGUUUUGAUGGUGAGUAUGAUGCAUAUAUUAUGUUGUGGUAUGGUAUGGUAUAUAGUUUGGUAUUGUGUGGCAUGAUGUGGUGUGAUUACUGUGAUAUUGUGUGGUGUGGCAAGGUAAGGUAUGGUACUAUUAAAUUAGGUAAGGUAUGGUUCGGUACUGGUGUUUUAGCCCCCCCCCCCCCUUUUGUGUAGUGUCCGGCAUUAAGAGAUGAUAUUCUAUUUCGUAUGUUUAUUUCAUAUAUUAAUAGUAUUGAUUCAUGUUUUGUUCCGUUUGUUUACAGAGGUUGGAGUAUUUGUGGAUAAUCUGGGGCAGAAAACAAGAGUAGAAGAACUAAUGUGGCCUUCACCACCUACUAGCGUUGGUAAGGAGUUACUGUAUAUCAUCCUUGCAUGCUCUAGUUUAGGUUCAUUCAACUGAUCAAUGACUACAAGCUUCUGCAAGCGAUUUCUGUAGUGUGGCGUCAAAUGAAGUAGUUUAGAAUACGUUUUCCAGCAUAAAAGGAGCAGGAAAUAAAGUUUUAACUCUCUGUUAACUUUAUUUUGAUAUUUUGUUUUUUCAGCAUUUUGCUAUCCAUUUAUUAUAUCAUUCAGCGAUCGAGGUAUUGAUGUGUUUGAAGCCAACACAGCUAAAUGGAUACAAACAAUUCCAAUCAAAAAGGUAGGAAAUGUGGGGAAGGAAGCGAAUUUAAUAGUUCGCUAACAUAUGGUCACCUUUUGUAUAGCUGGAAAUCUUACUCCUUUAGACUUUUUUGUGCCUUAAAUUUCAUGCAGUAGCUUAUUUCACCGUUGUAUCUCCAUUACAUUUAGUGCAUUUCACUUGUAAGCGACGGGUCAUUAUGCCUCUCGACUGCCAACGAAGCACACAGCUUGCUGUUCUUACGGAACAAACUGAUGCAAGGUACCAUAGACAUUUGUGAGAUUUGUUGAUCGAGAUAUCAUGAUAUCCCAAUAGUUUAUCUACGAAUUCUCUGAGGAUUUGUAUAUUCAUCACCGUAAUAUUCGUUGUUUUUCUUGCAGAGGAGGAACUGGUCAUCCCUGAUCCGACUAAAGGAAAGAAAGCUAUCGCUGCUGUGCUCAAAAUGAAAAGCAAGAAGAAGUAUGUUUUGAAUGCAUUAUAACAUUAAUAUUAUUAUUAUUAAUAUUAUUAUUUAUAUUGACCAUUUGUCAUUCACGACAACACGAUGCAAGACAACCACAUUCCAAAAGUCCUAUUUAAAUAGAUGUACCAGAAUGUGGAACGUACUGCCAAAGAACUUGACAGGCAAUAACACCAGCCUUAGUCAGUUAAAAAAAUGGACUUUUUAUGUACUAUAAAGUAGCAUUACAAACGGUCUACGACGUGGAUGAUCCAUGAACAUAGAAAUCAAUAUGUUUGUCCUGUAACAAGUCCCGUAAACUGUCCUGUGAAGCAGAGUUGUUAACGAGUCCUAUGUUGCAAGUCCAAGUCAAGUCAGAAGUCAUUUCCUGCAAGUCAAGUCACAAGUCAUUUGGUCUGAGUUCAAGUCAAGUCACAAGUCAUUUUGUCUAAUUCCAAGUCAAGUCACAAGUCAUUCCAAGUGGCAAGUCAAUUCAAGACAAGUCACAAGUCAUGUUUCCCACGCAAAACGGCGAAAUAUGUAAAUAUGGCGUCGCUAUUUUAUGUCAGAAAUUUUACCACGAAAUCGCGAAAAAAACCGCUUUGUCAGAAAAUACGCCGGCACAAAUUCUGUCGAUGCCAUUGAUAUGUACUAAGGUCGUUGCCCAAAUUGUACAACACGACGAUCGAUCGAUCAACACAAAGAUUUUGGAAAACUUGAUUUUCACUAGAUAUUUACGUUUGACUUGCGUUGGUAACAAGUCAUUUCUUGCAAGUCCAAGUCAAGUCACAAGUCAUCAGUCUCUUUAACAAGUCAAGUCACAAGUCACAAAAAUUGCGACUCGAGUCCGACUCGAGUCCAAGUCACACGACUCGAGUCUACAACUCUGCUGUGAAGUAUCGUGUUGUUAUUAGUUUAAUGUGUUUGUGAUGUCGUAUCUUAUAUGUAAGAGCCGCUGUAAUUGGCGUAAGCUGUAGCGUGUUCCCUGCCAUUGUCCAAAAAUGUAUUUUCUGUGUUUUAAUGUUUAUUGGCAAAGUUAAAUAAAUAAAUAAAUAAAUAAAUAACGCCUGAUACAACCGGUCGUAUGCGAUGGUCAUUGUCGAUUGUGGCGUUUGUCAUAUGACUGGCGUAGUUUUCCCAGAAGUUGGAAAUAGAUGAUUAUAUUUUACGAAUUUGGCUAUAAAUAUAAUGUGCUUUAUUUCUUCAGGUGGUCGUUUAAAACGAGAGAGUUGGGAUUCCAAGAUCUCGAUGCCGAAGUAAAAUCAAGAUUGAUUUCGCUUCCAAAAGACUUUGUUCACGUUUCGCACAUGGGUCCUGGAGAUGGCAUUCCUGUUUUAAAAGAUAUGCCGGUGGUAUGUUUGAUUAUUUUUGAGCCUAGGAUUAUGAGAAGUGCUUAUAGUGUGUGAGGCCCCGAGCGGGGAAUGAACACGCGAACCCUCUUAGUUUCCAGAUAAGGUAACUAAAGGGGACUCAGAAAGGUUUUUCCAAUAUUUAUUUAUAUGUUCAUUUUUAUAGAAACCACAAAGAGUUGACGAAGACGAACUUGUCGGUAUCGGUAUGUACAUAGUAAAUUUUAACCAACUUUCUCCAUUUUUCUCCUAUUGUUUUAAGAGAUGAUUCUUAUACUAGAUCUCUGGGGAGAACAGUUUAGAACUGAUAGAGCUAUCCAGUAUAAGUAAAGUUAGUCUAGUUUAGGUUUUCUCCUGUAGUAACAUUGGAACAAUAAGAGAUGAUUCUUAUACUAGAUCUCUAGGGAGAACAAUUUUGAACUGAAAGAGCUAUCCAGUAUAAAUAAAGGUGUUUAGUUAAGGUUUCCUCCUGUAAUAACACUGGAUCAAUAAGAGAUGAUUCUCACUGGAAUCUCUAGGGAUAACCGUUUAGAACUGAAAGAGCAAUCCAGUAUAAAUAAAAUUAGUUUAGGUUUUUCCCUGUAGUAUAUAUAACAGCGUACCAAUAAGAAAUGGCCGGCAUAGAUAACGUUUGAUUCUUAAUGAUGAAUGAUCUUAUUUUGAAGAUAGUAACAUGGGUCGUAGUUACACAGCGGCAUUACCAGUUACACGACAUAAGCGUCCAACAAGUGCAGUUCCUCGACCAAUGAGCGCGGCACCUGCGCCACCUGCCAUUAACGGAAAAUCAUCUGAUGGAGUAAGGUAAGUUGACGCCUCGUUCACGUUGUUGCACCUUGUCGAUAUAAACCUUACGAUCUGGCUCGACGACGGCUAUUCAUACAAUGAGAUUCGUAAUAUUUAAGAAGAAAAAAAUGAGUAAUUAAUAUCCCACGGGAGUUUGAGACCACGGUCUGUGUUUACAACGGGAAACUACAGACUUUUACGUCUUGGAUAAAACGCCUGCAUUUGAAGACGUGAGAUGUGAUACUCAGCAAAUUAGCUCAGUACUACAGCAGAACUUUUUCAACAAUAAAGUCACUAUUUCAAGCUGCCAAACAGUUGAUAACUUGAUACGAUAAAUGAUAUAGUCUAGCAACUUUCUUUACAAUCAUUUAUUUGAAUGAUUUUAUUCUGGCCGUUGCCGUCCUAUAUUGUAAGGUCUCUAAUAUUACAAAGAUUGGCGUGUACGGCAGACUGCAAACAGCAAGCUUCAAAUCACAUUUGAAGGUAAAUUUUACAAAUUUUCCACCGCUAAGUAGGUAAUCAUGCAUAAAUUUCCACUAACUUCGAACAGCUAACAAUUGACCUCAAAAUACAAUUUCAAGUUUGCUGUCUUCCCUAAACGUCAAUCUUUGGUUUUUCUCAUGAAUAUUUUGUACAAUAGUGUUAAUGUUCUUCCUUUUCAAUUUUUUUCUAUUACCAGUACGGAAGGAGGCAGUCGCUCGCCGUCGUCAACAUCGAGCGAGGAAACUCGAAGUAACCGUUUAUCUGGAGAUAUGGAGAAAUAUUUUACUAAGGUAGAUGACAACAACUAGAGUUUUCUCCGAGCUACUAUUUUCUCUGACUAUAUAAUACAACCUAAAUUGUAAAAAUACCGUUGACAUUUCGUUUUACGCAAGGUUUGGGAUGUAGCUUUUUGAAGGGAUGGGGGAUCUCGCAAUGUAUGUAGGUUUAACUUAACGUGAAGUAACAAUCCAUGUUGUUAGCAACUGCUGACAGAUCAUUUUGACAUUGCGGACGUCCUUCCUACCCAUAGGAAAGAAAUAUCCCAGAAUCCUUUGGGUGGUAACCUUAAAUUAUAAUAUUAAAUUGAAUGUAGAUACAUCAAUUCGUGUAAAUUGUCUUAAACUAUAUUUUAUGUGAUAACCAAAUUAAAAUGUUCAGUUCACAAAUAAAAACUGAAUCUGUAUAUCUCCUUUACUGACCUUGAUUCAAGUCAAAAUACAAGCAUAAAAAUGAAUGUAGAAAUCUAAUCUUAAAAGAUUAGCAAGCAGCUGUUUAUUUUUCUCAGCAAUUUAAAGUUGCGUAAUUUUAUAUGAAUUUCAAAUCAUUUCCAAGCUAUUUAACUACUAGGAAUAUCUAACUAAAAGUUAAUCUGUGUAAAAACUAAAGACUUGUAACCUUAAUGUAUGAAUUAUUGAAGUUUUGAGAAUAAAAAACUAGCGAAUGGUCAGCUGCCUGUUUUUCAUUAAGUUGUGACGGUCACAGCCAGUCCUCGAAUUUCCCUGAAAUCAAUCGACGGCAAUGGCGUUAAAAAUUGCCGUAGAACGUAACAGCUGUCUACGGCAAUUUUGGCCGUUUCCACGGCAUUUUUCAAAUUACUGUAAUAAAACUUUAAUUUUAUUGUUACUUUGGAUUUUUGACAAGCUAGAAACAUGUCUACGUAUUUCUUUAGUGCUUUUUUUCCGAAGAAAACUGAGACUAAAAUAGUGAUUUACGCAUGAUUUGAUCAACAUCUGAAUUCAAGUAUCGAAGUAGUAAUGCACAGUGAAUAGUAUAAAAAUUGCACUAUACGGCAAAAAAUUGCCGUCGUUGCCGCAAUGAUCCACGGCAUUUUGUUCUCCUUAUACGGCAAUUGUCGCGAUAAAAUUCGAGCCCUGGUCACAGCACACAAAAGGCGAAAUAGAUCCAGACUAGUGUUGAUAUAUUUCCACAGCCUAGGUAUGGGGUAAAUUCUAAGUUUUGAAAUUUGCAUUAGGUAAAUUCUAAGUUUGAAAGAUUUGUAAGAAAUGUUUGAGGGAAUUGACUCAGUGUUUAACGCUAAGUGAGUUCCCUCAAAUAUUUCUUAUAAAUCCUUCAAAACGUAGAAUUUACCCAUGCAAAAUUCCUACUGUGAUCCCAGAAACUUUGAUAGUGUAUACAAGGCUUACAAUCAUUUGGGUCCGGACCAUUUCAAAAGACGAGUUAGAUCCAGACUAUUUCGCAUCAAUGACCACUGCUCGGAAUGAAAAGCAGGCAUACGGGAGAUACUCUAAGAGACACUAAAUGAAAUGAUAAAUUUGAGUUGUAGGCAUAUAGUUAGCUAAAUUUGUUACGAGAUUUAAAUAUUUUUAAGAGACAUUGUAAAACUGUAUUGUUAAAAUAAAUUUAAAAAACAUCGUGUGGGCAUUUAACUCUUUUAAUAGUAUUACACGCACCUCUGGCUGGAUAUGGAGAUGCGGAAACUACGGGUCCAUUUCAGGUCCUACUGAAUAGUAUUGAAGAGUGAAUGAAGAACAUUGUUAAGUUAAUGUCAUCAGAUGACGUUUGCCAUGUCAUUUUCAAAAAUCAAUAUACAGUGGAUCUGAAACAGGCCCGACAAAUCACUAAUAUCCGGAGAGGAGCAUUUUAUAGUGGUUAAUUUUAAAAAACCCAAAAAUUGGUUAUUUAAUAAAAUCCUUUAUAAAACGAGAAUCUUGAGGUAAUUAAACUAGACAUUUAACUGAAUGCAACAAUAGUGAAUAGAUGAUCUUCCUGAUACAAAUGAUGAUCAAAGAGCACAACAUGGUAGAAUUAAAAUGUACAAAAAGAUGGAGAUUUGAGGAGGAAAAGAGUAUUGUUUAAUGUUGCUCAAAUAUUUCUCCUUCCCAGACGCCUAGUAUACGUUUGCAAGAUGGUUCCCAACCAUUAACCGCUUUUGGUAAGUGAUAUACAUGUAUACUGUUUGGGCUACAAUGUUAUACUCGGUUUAGAGAUGUCUGUCCUUUGUCUAAGUUACUACCUUACUAACUCAGCUUUAUUUAUAUACUGGACAGGUUUACUAGUUCUAAACUGUCCUCCCUAGGGUCCAGUAAGGGCGAUGACCUAGUGUUACUACAGAACCCAACCCCAGUACCUGAAGACAAUAUGGGGCGUUUUAAUAAUCAAACUAGAGGUUUUCUAUUUCCGUAAAAUCAGACAACUGCACACAACAGAAAUUGAUGCCCCAUGCAAAAAGCACUGAGAUCUUAUUUGGGUCAGUUUGUUGAUGCUCUUCUAGCAAAAUCACACGUCCUUUUUGAAUUGUUUUCUUCAUCAGAUUCGAUCAAUCUAAUGCCAAGUGAAUUAAAGGAAUCGUCGAGUACUGAAGAUUCAACGUCGCCAGAUAGGUACAACUCUAUAUAUGUCAUGACAAUAUUGAUUCCCUAUAGCCAACACUUUAUUUUGUAAAUCCUGUUUUAAAUUUUCAGCUCGGAGAUCCACCUUUGAGGAAACGCCUUCAAGAGGUGUUCAAGGACAACGAGUAAGGAUAUUAAUUAUCUUCUUUAUAAAUGUGCAGCACAUCAUCUAUGUAUGCUAACAUUUUAAACUAAACUUCUUUUGCCUGCAACAAAUUUUUUGGACUCUAGUUGCAUGCUACCCAAUUCACACUGGUAUUGUGUAACUCGCAUGCUUGGUUACUAUUCUACUUUACGUUGCUGUAGAACAAAGGUAACCAAGCAUUAGAGUUAUGUAAGGCCAAAAAAAAAUGUGGGUUUCCUAUUUCUUCUUGUAAAAACUUAGGUAGGGUAGGUCGGUUUUAAUUUUUUUUUAAACUUUUUUUAAAAUUUUCCUAACAACCGGACACCAUUCUGUUUAGUCUGUGCUUCCACAUUCAAAUAUAAAUUUCCCUAAUAUUGCCUCAAAUUUCCAUUUUUCACAAACGUUUUCCUCUAAGUGGAAACACUUACAAGCAUGAUCCAAUAAAAAGGUUUAGGGUCGUGAUUUCGGCGUCCAAAAGCUAGGUAUGGUCUGGAAACCGGAAACCCACAUAUUUUUUGGCCUAAGAGUCAUUCACUCAUUCAUUUUGAAAUUCCAAAGUCCAAUGCAUAUGUUUAACUUUAUGAUUCUAAGACUGAGCAUUGUGCGAAGUGAAAGGUCUGCACGAAUUUGCUGGUGAUGACCUCUUUUCUUUUAGAUCAGAUUCACUGGACAAAUUCCCAAAGUUGCGAGCUGCUGUGGUCUUAUCUCUGGGACGCCAAAACAUUUUGAACACGCAGCGAUAAGUACCACACAACUAACAAGUAUAAUCGAAAUGUAGUUAUAUUUUUAUUCAGGAUAAUUUUAUAUUUUUGUAUCGAUGGUAAAAACCAUUGUUGUGUAUGAAUAUUAUAUAAGUCACUCAUGUAAAUUAAAAAGAAAUUCAAUAAGAUCACCUUUCGGUUGCCAAACCUUUUCAUUUUUACGA